UGGACGAAGUGGACAUCGCCCGCCAGCCCAACCAAAACAUGGCUGACGACGCUGUGGACGCCAAACCCGAUGGAAACGACAGCGGUAGUGGCCGAUCAGAACCACAGCAACCGUGACUGCGUCGCAGUGGCGGUGCUCACGCACGGUGAGAGGAACGGCCAGCUGGACGCCAGGGACCACGAGUACAACGUCAGCGAGCUGUGGGAACCGUUCACAGCCAGGCUGUGCCCCACUCUCGCCGGCAAACCCAAGCUCUUCUUCAUACAGGCGUGUAGGGGAACAGGUACCGAUGCCGGCGUGACGGUGAGCGACCUCACUGCAGACGCGCCCGACAAUGACCGCGCCGAGGAGCUCACUUACCCAGUGCCUUCUUACGCCGACAUCAUCGUUUCACACUCGACAUUCGAAGGUCUAUACUCCUUCCGCAAUCCAACAAAUGGCUCGUGGUACGUUGAGACACUGUGUUCUCAACUUGAAGUCCACGGCAGAUCCAAGGACCUGGUGUCGCUGCUCACUGACGUGAAUCGCAUCGUCGGUCAGAGAUAUCGCUCAGAAAACAAGAGCCUGCCAAACCUGCAUGGCAAGGUGCAGGCGCCGUGCUUCACCUCAUCCUUGACACGGAGUCUAUGCUUCGGUCAUAAUGGCCAUGGCCACCCUCAAUGA